AUGUCAACCCUCUUGGGGUACAUAACAGGGAUCAACCGACUGGUGAGAAGGACCGGCAUCGUUCCUGCCAUGGCAAGGCGUGCUGUGCAAGUAAGAUUCACAGGAUUUAAUGGAUCCAUGUACACUUGGUGUAACAACAGGUCUGACAGGAGCCGCAGAUGGGCAAGGCUCGAUCGGAUGCUAGUAAAUGCUUCUUGGAUAAGCUCCCUUCCGAGAUUCACUAUCGAUCACCUUACUCGUUCCUUCUCGGACCAUACCUCGAUCCUUUUGAGCUUCAAGGAUAAUAGUGCUGAUUUCCCUCGGCCCUUCCGUUUUCAACGAAUGUGGACCACGCACGUCGAUUUCAAAUGGGUGGUCAAGGAAAUUUGGGAUGCUGAGGUGGCAGCCGCUCCAAUGUUCAAACUGUACAUCAAGAUGAAGCAUCUAAAAAGGGCCCUUAAAGAUUGGAACAAGACUGUUUUUGGGGACGUCCAUAACAAUGUGCAAAAGGCAGAGGAUGAGAUAUCAAGAGCUGAAACUGACCUUAUUAACUCCAAUUCCACUGACAAUCUAAACAAGCUGCGGGUAGCCCAGGAAAAUCACAAGCUAGCUAAACUUCAACUAGAAUUAUUUUGGAAGCAAAAAUCUAGAAUAAUAUGGCUACAAGAAGGGGACAGGAAUACAAAAUUUUUUCAUGGGUCAGUUAAGGAGAAGCACAGAAAAUAG